GGGAGAAGGGGUGGAGAAUCGGAACAAAGAAACCACCGAGAUGGGGUGACCUCCUUGCGUCCUAGAGAUGGGGGCUCGUGCCAAGCAACGGAAGGCGCCGGAUGACGUCCUUACUUCCAGAUCCGCCAUUGUUCUCCUAACCGUCCGAAUUGUGUCCUUCGGAGGGGGCGCCGGGCGUUUCCGGCAGCGGCCUCUCCGGGGCACCCUCCCGGACUGUCUCGCUUCUGAGAUUCUUGCCCCUACAAAAUAGGGGAGCACAGGAGUCAUGGCAUCUGUGCUCCUGACAACCAGGCCCCAGGAGUCGGUGAUGUUUGAAGAUGUGGCAGUGUACUUUACCCAGAAGGAAUGGGCAGAUCUGGCCCCUGCUCAGAGGACCCUGUACAAGGAUGUGAUGCUGGAGAAUUAUGGAAACAUAGUCUCCUUGGCCUUUCCAUUUCCCAAACCUGCGGUGAUUUCUAAGCUGGAGCGAGGGGAAGAACCAUGGGGCCUGGAUCCACAGAUUGUACCAGAUGGAGAGGGUCUAAAAGGAUUUCCAUUUUCAAAAGCUGCCAUGAUCUCCCAUCUGGACCAAAGGGAAGAGCUAUGGGUUCUGGAUCUGCAGAGCAGUCUGGAUGAAGAGGACCUAAGAGAGAUAUGCUCUGGUGGGGAGACCAGGGCAGAGUGUGAAGAGCCAAGUCCAACACAAGAAAUUCUCAAAGAAACCAACGCUCGCACAGUGCUAUCAGACAGACUUCAGAGGGACAUUUUCCUGGGUUCUACCUUUCAAGAUGGCUAUGGAUUAGAGGUUAGAUUAGAGAGCCAACAAGAGGACGCCGCAGGGGAGAGGAUGAGGCAGGAGUUUCUACCAAGGGCAGUAAAGGAUGAGAGCGCCCUCACGAGGGAGAGAAGUAAGAAGAAUGAGAAACUGGAGAAAGAUGUCGGUGUCAGCACAUUCCCUGACAUACACCAGAGGGUUGCUGGAAGACGUAGAUCCUACAUAUGUAAAGAAUGUGAUAAAAUCUUUAAUCGAAGUUCAGACUUUUUUCGACAUCAGAGAAUCCACACAGGGGAAAAACCCUACAAAUGUAAUGAGUGUGAGAAAGCCUUCAGGUGGAGCACAAGCCUUAUCCGACAUCAACGAUUUCAUGUCAGAGAAAAACAGUAUAAAUGCCAGGAGUGUGAAAUUGUCUUCAGAAAAAAUUCAGCUUUUAUUCGGCAUCGGAGGAUCCACACAGGUGAAAAACCCUAUGAAUGUCAUGAGUGUGGGAAAGCCUUUAGUGAAAGUACAGGUUAUACUAUUCAUCAGAGAAUUCAUACCAGAGAGAAACCAUACGAAUGCAGUGACUGUGGGAAAGCCUUCAGUUGUAAUUCAAACCUUAUUCAUCAUCAAAGAAUUCACACUGGGGAGAAGCCCUAUGAAUGUAAGGAGUGUGGGAGGGGCUUUAGCAAUAGUUCAGACUUCAUUCAACACCAGAGAAUUCACACUGGAGAGAAACCUUAUGAGUGUAAAGAAUGUGGGAAAGCCUUUAGUCGAAACUCGGGCUUUAUUCAGCAUUCGAAAAUCCACAGUGGAGAAAAACCCUAUAAAUGUAAAGAUUGUGGCAAGGCAUUUAGUCAGAGCUCACAUUUCAUCCGACAUCAGAGGAUUCACACUGGAGAGAAACCUUAUGAAUGCAGUGAAUGUGGGAGAGGGUUCGGUCAGAACUCAAACCUUAUUCGGCAUCAAAGAAUACAUAUUGCAAAUGAGUCUUUGAAUACAGUGACUACAAAGAAAGCUUGAUAAGAUACGCAACUAGAGUUAAUAUCAAGCUGGAGUUCUUCCCAUAUGGGAACCUGUUCAUAUAAAAAUACCUCAUGUAAUGGAACUCACCUAUUCAGCAUCUUUUAAUAGUUUGGAACACAGCUAAGGAACUAGCUAAACUCCUAAACAACCAUAACAGCUGUUAAAAAGUUCAUGGAGCUUUACUCAUGGGGGGAUUCACUUGGAAUCUCUGAACUCUUAUUUUACACACACUUCCAAGAAGCUUGGUUGUCUGGCUUCCAAGCCUAUGUCAGAUUUGAAACAGCAGAUUGGAAAGGGAAGUUAGAAGGGAGAGAAGGAAUGCAUCAAGCAGUAGCUACGUGUGACAUCUGAUCACAGGGUGGAGCAAAACUAAGAAAUAGACAUGAAUUCAAACAAGAUAGUCCCAGGUCAUUGAGCCUAGGGACAAAUAAUCCUCAGGCUUACACACCUCAGUAGGGUGUAGACUUCAUUCUAGCACAGCAUGGUACAGUAAUGUUUGUGUCAUUCAUUGAGUCACUCAGAAGAGGCUAAAUUAUGCACUAUGUACUGUUUUAUUAGAAGUAUAUAAUCUCUUAAAUUUCCAUUAAAAGUAUUUUAAAGUUUUGGUGCUCCACAGGAUAGAAACUCAAGCUAUUGAAUGACUCCUUGCCUGAUGAUUCCAGAUAGCAAAAGCAGUAUUUUCAUUUAGGAAGUUGUCUUUUUGACAAAGGUUCAAAGACUCUGCAGAAAAAAAAAUAUAUACUAUGACUGAAAUGGAUGCAGAAAAAUUUUCUUUCAGCCCUAACUUUAUAUUUUUUAAAGAAAACUCCAUUUAUUCCUAUGCUCUCUAGUGUUUUUAAUAGGAAUGGGUGAUGUGUUUUGUCAAAAGCUUUUUCUGCAUCUGUUGAAGAUAAUCAUGAUUCUCUCUCUAGCUCUACCUCCGUAGAGUCUUGAUGUGACUUUUUCAUUUUGGAGAGUUUGGAUUCAAGAUGUCUAAUUCGUUGCUCCAUUUGGUUUCUUAUUGAAGCAUUUCGAUUUCCUCUUAAUUGUUCUAAGAUAUCUCAGGCUACUGCUUGUAUCUGUAAUAAUAGGUGAACUUCUUUUAGUUUUUCAACAAUCUCUUGCCUUGCUCAUUUAUCAGUCUCACAUUUAUAUUAUUCUAUUUGACUGUGUUCUACCUUAGUGAUUUCCAAAUGAUGCCUAAGACUAACUACUUCUUCCAAUUGUCUUGUAUUCCCUUCCAGUUUGUCACAUUUCUUUUGCAAAAUUUUCACAGAAAAUAACUCUUCUCAAAGACUUUGAUUAACUGAUUCCAACUGUUUAUAUUUUGAAGAUGCUGCUUCCAAUUGUUGUGUAAGGUCUUCAGUCCACUGAGGUCUUUCUGUAAUUCAUCAUUUCUCUUCAUUUCUUGUUCUAGACAAUUUUCCAGAGAUUGCUUUAACUCAAUGAGUUUCUUUAAUUUUUCUCUUUCAGUUUUAAGCUGGGCAUCACUCAGUUCCUUUUGUUUAUUGGUGCCUUUGUUUUGGGCAUCUUCAAGCUGUUGUCGAAGCAACAUAUUUUCACUCUGGAUAUGGGCUAAUCUUUCUUAGACAGAUUCACUUGGUCUCACCCCACUGUCCCUCUGUGGGGGGAAGGAGGCCAGAGACAGGGACAGCUCUCUCUUGCUGCUGAAGCUGAAAAUCUUCAUCCUGGUGGUGGGCUUCAGAGCAAGUCAGCAGAACUUGAGAAGGGUUCUCCCUUGGCUUCUCAGCCUUCUUCAGGCCCUCACCUCUGCUCCAGAAAAGUUCAAUGACCAGAGGCAGGAGGUUAAGAGACUCCAGAGCCAGCAACUGUUAUAAAAGAUUCAAUCCUAGAGAUGGUUAUAGCCCUCCAGCUCUAACUUUAUUUCCACUUAGAAGGUCAGUCUCAGCUAUGCCAGUGAAGGUGCAUAAGAGUGGGUCAUUGGGAGCUAAUGGAGAGUUUGAAGAAUCUUCAUUUGAAAAAAAAGACUCCCCUUUUUUUGCAAACUAAAAGCAAUUCUAAGGCCUCCUCUUGUUGGAAUAAGUACCAUCAAGAUGGUGGAUGUCAAUUCAUUGUCCCUGUAGCUGAAGAGUGACCAAACUGAAAGGGGAACAUUUGGGACAAGAAAGUUGAAUUUUCAGACAAUUUCCUGAUAUUUGGCCUUUAGACUACCAAAGAUUUUGUUUAUUCCCCAGAGCAUCCUGGGGUAAUGUAAUAUAAUGUUCUUUCUCAUGGUACAAAAAGGAAAACUCAGAUUUUGACAAGACAAGAUAUAAGAUAAGGCUGUGGUCCUGCUGUUGGGCUAGAUAAAGAGCCCUAAAGAGUAAAGUCUUUGAUCCCUUUGUCCUUUGUGGUAAAGGGAAGGGAUGAGAUCUUGCUUCUACAAUUUGUGAUUUUCCCAUGGGAAAAUAGGCUAAAAUUAGGACCUGAGAGCUAAGGAAAGGUGAGUUGCUGCUAUUAUUCCCCUGAAAUAAAGGGUAACCCUGAUGAAAUGGCAUAAAGAAAUAUUUAACCUACAUAGUUCCUCUUACCACUUGUCUCCUGCAAUCUGCCUUUUAAUUGACAGCUUUUCUCAUCAUAACAUCACCAUCCAGGAAAUGACCUCAAAGGGAAAAGGCUUGUAGAUAUGGACAGGACAUAGGACAUGGCCAGACCUCCUAGAGAGGAACAAAACUUCCUACCUGGAAAAACAAGUGUUGUCAUUUGGUUAUGGAAUGAGUAGGUGUUUUACAGAGGCUCACUCUCUUAUGAGUAACUAUUAUGGACUGUGCAAAUGAGUUCAAAAGAUUCUUUUGAAAAAGAUCAGAAGGAAAGAGCUUUAGAUUCUUAAUAAGACAUAGAAAACGAUCAAUAGAUAUACUCGGGAAGGAAGCAAGGAGAAUGAAAAUGUAACCAAAAGUGUUAGCAAUCUGGAAAUGGAAAGUUGUAUGGCUCAACGUGAAAUCUAGAAGAAAAGUUUUAGAAAAUUAUUAUUUGUUUCCAGUACUGACCAGGAAAAGGAUACUUUGGGGGAGGAUACAGUGUUCUGGUUUACCAGCAAUGCAAAACCUUAUAGUGAUAGUGGUUGGUUCCAAAUGGUAUGCCCUCACCUAGGAUAAUAUAGUCUGUAAUUCCACCCAACCCAAGCUUCCAUUUCCUCAUAACUUCACUCCUUGCCUCAUUCUGAUCUCCAGCAUUGCUGAAAACACUAUGCAGUUUUACUAUUGAUCCCUUGCUAAAUUCAAUGGUCUUUUCCCAGUUUUCUUUUUCUUUAACUUUAGACUUUGAUACUACUGACCACUCCUUGACUUCUGUCAUACUAUAUUGGCCUAACUUUUUGAAACGUGUUCAGUUGUGGCUUUUGCUUUCUAAUUGUAAUGUUAACCCAAGUUUGAUAAUAGAUCCCUUGCUCUGGUCUGUUUAUCCCUUUGGGGACCCAAAUCAUUUCCAUUUUUUCAAAUGCCUCACUCUCUCUUUAGGCUUGAUCUAAUGUGAGCUACAAUUCUAGAUCUCUACCUGUUUCCUAGAUAUUUCUACUUGAAUGUUCCACUAUCACCUCAAGUUCAGUAUGUCUUAAGAUAUGGAGAGAGUUAAUUUUCUCUUAAAUCAGCUCUUUGGCCUUUUCUGUAUUACCAUCAUUUCUGUCAUUCAGGAUCAAAACUCAAAGUUACUUUUGAUUCCUCCGUUUACAUCAAUGUCAUAUCAGAAAAACUGUAUCUGAUCCUUCCUUUUCUCAUUACUACCACCCUAGUCUAGACCUAAAAAAAUCCACACCUAGAGUAAUGCAAUAACUUCUCUCCUGCUAACUAAUAUUCAUUCCAUUUAGCACUCUUUCAGUUGACAAAACACUGCUUUCAUCAACCUGUCACCUCCCUGCUAAAAAAGAAACAAAAAAGCCCCCCAAAAUUUUUUCACUGAGUCAGUGAAAGAGAUGAAUCAUUUCCUGCAGGAAUGCCCAAAUCCUCAUUCUGAAGGUUUCCCAUAUUUCUCCAGCCCUUUUGGUUUAUCCCUUCUCUGAAGUCCUAGGGCACGUCUAUACCACUCAUUAUUUAAAUAUUUAUUGCCUUAUUUAAAACAAGAUUCUUGAGUAUUUGCUAACCACAGGAUGAUAAGAGGUUCUUUGAAAUUAGUGUCAUGUCUUUUAACCUCCUAUGGCACCCAAAAUUUUAAUUUGAAUUAGCCAUUCAAUAAAUAUUUAUUUGAAUUUGUUGGAACUCCUUUACUUCUGGUAAUAUAUAUUAAGAUAAUAUCUUACUUGGUUUCCCCUUAAUGUAAAGAAUCCAUUGUUUGGUGGUAAGGUCUGUUAGUUAUUGCUGUCUUUUAUUAACUAUUGGGCUAUCUGCUUUACAAAACUGUCAUUUUGAGUUAGGUAAUCUGAAUCCAUGCAGAUUUGCACCUGCCCCGGAUGAAAAGUAUUAAAAACAGUUCUAAACCACACGAGAGACAGUGUGUAGUAGUGGAUAGAGAUGGCUCAAAUCCAAGAAGACUUGAACUCAAGUCCCACCUCUGAAACAUGCUGGCUGUGAGACCACGGGCAAGUCACUUAAUUUCUCAGUGUUCUAGGCAAACCUUCUAAGAUGAUAAUAAUUAUCAUUGUUAUUAGUAAGACUAGAAGUUGCAAGGUGCCAACUGGCAUUAGUUGGGGAGUCCCUGUAUCAGUGAAAUCAAAAAGUCUAAUCCCUAUCCCUAGCCUUUCUUAACCCUCUGGACACAUUUACACUUGUUAAUUGACUUGAUCUGCUAACCUAAGUGACCAUCCAGAGGGGAGGCAAGUGUUUCUUGAGGCCUCCUUCUGGCCUGACUGCCAUUGUUAAAGGGGAGAUGAGCACUUCUCAAUAGGUCGAUCCCCCAAAAAGCUCCCUUCAAUUGGGGACAUAAGGAAGUGAAUGAAGACUAUAUAAGUCUUCAUCCUUCUGACCAUAAAAUGUGGAGGUGGCUGGAGAUAAGUGAAGACACUUUCAACCAUUUCUUACGAUUUCAUUCUCAUAUGGUAACUUGGAGGGUGGAGGGAGGUUGGAGCAAAGAGAAGGAAUAAGAAAAGAACAAGGGUAACAAGUCUUGCUCUUCACUCAGUUCCUAAAAGUUUGUUCUACUUUUCCCAUCUGCCAUCCUUGUAUGUACCUUAAAAUCAGUGUGGCUGGUGGAGAAGCUUUUUUCCUACUUAAUAUUCCAAAAAAGAUCACUCUAAAUGUGAACAUUAGGCAAUUCUUUGGGUGAUUUUCAAGUGGAUACUUUGAAGGAAAGCUCUUAAAUGGGAUAGGAAAUGUGUGUGGUAUCAUGGAAAGAACAUUGGCCUUAAGAGUCUAGCAAUUUGUGUUUUAGUCUCUUACCACUGAUACUUGAGCAAGUAUCAAUGGAUGUAGGUCCAACCUGUUUUCUCCUUUGUAAAGCCCAACUUGAGUAUGGGUAGCCAUAGCUAAGCAAUUUAUUAUAUCCUUUCCACCACUUCUCAAUGACCAUGCUACAGAAGAAAGCAUGAGACUAGAAAUCAACAUAGUCACAACCUAGCUAGUAACUUAUCAGUGUCUGUCAAGUAACAAGCCUGUCAAGUACUCCUACCCACAUACUUCUUGUGGAGAACACAUUGUAUUCACAAGUUGUGAACAAAUAGGUAGAAGAACUUUAAAAAUACAAAAGUUAGAUAUUCAAAAGUGGCUGGCAUGAUGGUAAUUGUAUCCUUCCCAUUCCCCCAGUCCCCCUUCUCCCACUCUAUUCACUUCUUUGGGAAGGCAUCAUAUUGCAUUGGGGGAAAACAGACUGGGUAGGAGGUGAGAGACAUUAGUUAUGGUCCUGACUAUCGAGGUGUUUGACCCUAGGCAAAUCACAACUUGUCUGAUUAUGACAGUUAAAAUUUAGGAACAGUAGCAAUAUGGUCAUUAUAAUCCUAAACAAAGUUCAUUGUGAUGCUAGUCAAGACUAUAAAAAUUAAACUUUAUAAUAAAUAUGUAACUGAUUAUCCAACCAGAAAAGUUAGAGGAAAAUGGAGAAAUAUUUGUGUAUAACCAAUCAUGACUAUAUAUACCUGACUGAAUAGGGAAUUACUAAAAAUGCCUAAAGAUAAGACUCAUGUUUGCAGGAUAAAGAGGAAAAUUCCUCAAGACAAAAAUUUCUAGAAUUCAGUGAAACAAUGCGAAUCAAUUGCAGACACAGGGGGGACCUGGGAAGAAUGUCAGAAACACCAUGGAAAGAGAAAUCCUUCAGAUACAGAUCAAAUUCACAGCUGCAUCCCUCAGCUCCAAAGUAAUCUAGGAGACUGGACCACCUAUAGAAACUGUAAGGAUGGAUUCGAGGUUGUAUUGUCAAAUUCAGUUAAACAAACGUUAAGCAACUACAGUGUGCAAGGCAUUGUGCUAGGUAGCUGUGGGAUUGUAAUACCAAAUAAAUGACUCCAAAGUUUUGAUUGGCA